CGUGGUGCCCGGUCUGCCAUGGCGCAUCCAAUGUCCCUCCGAGACCGACAGGUUGCUUCAAUUCAAAAGCUUUUGAAUCUCAAUCAUGACACACGCCCCACAGAGGACUCGCAUGAUCCAUCUGGUCAUGGCGGCCUCAUCUCCCACUCUACCCCGAUCUUGAAUGAGGAUGGUGAUCCGAUUUGGAAGGUCCUGGUAUUUGACACUAUGGGCCGUGAUGUUAUCAGCAGUGUGUUACGUGUCAACGACCUCCGAGCAUGGGGAAUUACCAUCCAUUUGGGCAUCAAUUCUCAGAGAUAUCCUAUUCCCGACGUCCCCGUCGUUUACCUGGUGGAACCAAAUGAGGCGAACAUUCAAGCUAUUUCCCGCGAUCUUUCCCACGGCCUUUACUCUCCCGCCUACGUCAAUUUCCUAUCCUCCGUUCCUCGACCCCUCCUCGAGGACUUUGCUUCGCAAAUAGCUACAUCCGGUGCUUCAGAGCAUGUCGCCCAAGUUUUUGACCAGUACCUCAACUUUAUUGUUGCAGAGCCUGAUCUCUUUUCCUUGGGAAUGGGGAACGACGCAUACCACAAAAUCAACAGCCCGAAGACGACUGAUGAGGAUCUGGAUGCGAUUGUGGAUAAGGUGGUCAGCGGCCUCUUUAGUGUCAGCGUGACGAUGGGCUCCAUUCCUGUGAUUCGAUGCCCUAAGGGUGGCGCGGCGGAGCUGAUCGCAACAAAGCUUGAUCGGAAACUUCGUGACCACAUACUCAACUCCAAGGAUAACCUCUUCUCCGGUAAUCAAAGAGCUUUACCGGGGGUUCCUUCGACGCGCCCUGUAUUGAUCAUCAUGGACCGAAACGUUGAUUUGGUGCCCAUGUUAUCACACUCCUGGACAUACCAAUCUCUGGUGCAAGAUGUGCUGCAAAUGCGGUUGAACCGGAUUACUUUGGAUGCCCACGAGCAGGACUCGGGCAAGAGUGGUAAAAAGUCAUAUGACCUGAAUAGUAACGACUUCUUCUGGCAGCGAAAUGCCGGUGCGCCAUUCCCUCAGGUCGCUGAGGACAUCGAUGCCGAAUUGACACGGUACAAGGAGGACGCAAACGACAUCACGAAGAAGACCGGUGCGUCUUCUAUUGAAGAUCUCCAGAAUGAUACCAGUGCCUCCGCACAGCACCUCAAGGCCGCCAUUACGCUGCUUCCAGAACUGCGAGAGCGUAAAGCUGUUCUUGAUAUGCACAUGAAUAUCGCCACUGCCUUACUGAAAGGUAUUAAGGACCGCCAGCUGGAUGAUUUCUUCGAGCUGGAGGAAAACAUCACUAAGCAGACCAAGGCGCAACUCUUGGAAGUUAUCAAUGACCCAGCCAAGGGCAGUGAUCCAACAGACAAACUGCGCAUUUUCAUCAUCUGGUUCCUCAGCACCGAGACCGAGCUGAACCGCACGGAGAUGACACAAUUCGAAGAGGCUCUUACUCAGGCUGGCGUCUCCGAUAUUACUCCUAUCGCAUAUGUUCGACAAGUUCGCGAAAUAACCCGUAUGACUAUGAUGACGACCGCCGCUCCAGAGCAACAAUCAUCUGACAUUUUCCGUGGCUUCUCAUCACUGUCCAACCGCCUCACAGAUCGCAUAACUUCUGGUGCGCUUGGUGCUAACUUCGAUUCCCUCAUUUCCGGUGUUAAGAACUUCCUCCCCGUAAACAAAGAUCUUACUGUGACUAAGAUCACCGAGUCUAUUAUGGAUCCGGCUGCAGCUUCCAGCUCCGCCAUCACCAAGACAGAAAACUACCUUUACUUUGACCCACGUAGCGCUAAUGCUCGUGGUGCCAUGCCCCCGGCAUCUGCUUCACGAAACCAGCAGAUGCCUGGUGCGAUGGGUACCACCGGUCCCGGUACCGGAGCUACAUUUGGCCAACGCCGACAGGCUUUCAACGAAGCUAUUGUUUUCACUGUGGGCGGCGGCAGCAUGGACGAGUACGGCAAUUUGCAGGACUGGGUGAAGCGGACUAGCGGCCAGCAGGGUGCCGACGGUGCACCUACUCGUGCGCCUGUGGCUCGUCGUAGGGUCGUAUAUGGAAGCACGGACCUGAUGAACGCGAAUGAAUUCUUGUUGGACUCGCUGGCGCCUUUGGGACAAGAGAGUUAA